UUAUGCUGAUUAUCAGAGAAAUCUGAUGGGCGUAAUCCAGUGUGACGACACUAAUCCCCAAGUUAACAAUCACAGGGCCCCGCCGUCCUGCUCCACACACUGACUCCUGUGACUUUCAGCAGCGCCCGGCCUCUUCCAUCCCCAGUGAGUACGUAGCGGCUCUAAACAACUGAAUAAAUGGCAGUCGUGAGUGGAACGUUCCGUAUGGUGUCAGAGGAGGAGCAGGCUCUCAGGGCCAAGCUGGAGCGCCUCACGGUCAAGGACCACGGUCCCGUGUUCGGACUCUGCGCCAAGUUGCCUGACCAUACAGUGCAGAAGGCCAAGGAUGAGUUGAAUGAGACAGACGAGAAGCGGGCGUUGGCGGUCAAGGAGCUGAGGGGAAUUAUCAAGGAGACGGCGGAUGCUGGGGACGACCUGGCCAAGGGGGUGCUGGAAACCUUCGGAGAGAAGCCUGACGGCAUGCUGGUCCGCUUCAUCCGUGCCAGGAAAUACGACGUGCCCCGAGCCUUUGACCUCAUGAAGGGUUAUGUGCGCUUCAGGAGAGACUAUCCUGAGCUGUUCGAGAACCUGACCCCCGAGGCUGUCCGCAGCACCAUCGAGGCCGGCUACCCAGGCAUCCUGUCCAGCAGAGACAAGUACGGACGCAUCGUGCUGCUCUUCAACAUCGAGAACUGGGACUACGAAGAGAUCACCUUCGACGAGAUCCUCCGUGCCUACUGUGUAAUCCUGGAGAAGUUGCUAGAGAACGAGGAGACUCAGAUCAACGGAUUCUGCAUCAUUGAGAACUUCAAGGGCUUCACCAUGCAGCAGGCCUCCGGCAUCAAACCCACUGAGCUCAAGAAGAUGGUGGACAUGUUGCAGGACUCCUUCCCUGCCCGUUUCAAAGCAGUCCAUUUCAUCCACCAGCCCUGGUACUUCACCACCACCUACAACGUGGUCAAGCCACUCAUGAAGGGCAAGCUGCUGGAGAGAGUGUUUGUCCACGGAGACGAGCUGGACAACUACUACAAGGAGUUUGACGCCGACAUCCUGCCUUCCGAGUUCAACGGCAAGAACUCCAAGUACGACGGCAAAGCCAUAGCAGCCAAGCUGUUCGACUGAACACGCCCUCCUCACCCUCCGCCAAGCUGUUCGACUGAACACGCCCUCCUCACCCUCCGCCAAGCUGUUCGACUGAACACGCCCUCCUCACCCUCCGCCACUCUGUUCGACUGAACACGCCCUCCUCACCCUCCGCCACUCUGUUCGACUGAACACGCCCUCCUCACCCUCCGCCACUCUGUUCGACUGAACACGCCCUCCUCACCCUCCGCCACUCUGUUCGACUGAACACGCCCUCCUCACCCUCCGCCACUCUGUUCGACUGAACACGCCCUCCUCACCCUCCGCCAAGCUGUUUGACUGAACACGCCCUCCUCACCCUCCGCCAAGCUGUUUGACUGAACACGCCCUCCUCACCCUCCGCCAGUCUGUUCGACUGAACACGCCCUCCUCACCCUCCGCCACUCUGUUUGACUGAACACGCCCUCCUCACCCUCCGCCACUCUGUUCGACUGAACACGCCCUCCUCACCAUCCGCCACUCUGUUCGACUGAACACGCCCUCCUCACCCUCCGCCACUCUGUUCGACUGAACACGCCCUCCUCACCAUCCGCCACUCUGUUCGACUGAACACGCCCUCCUCACCAUCCCCCACUCUGUUCGACUGAACACGCCCUCCUCACCAUCCGCCACUCUGUUCGACUGAACACGCCCUCCUCACCAUCCGCCACUCUGUUCGACUGAACACGCCCUCCUCACCAUCCGCCACUCUGUUCGACUGAACACGCCCUCCUCACCCUCCGCCACUCUGUUCGACUGAACACGCCCUCCUCACCCUCCGGCACUCUGUUCGACUGAACACGCCCUCCUCACCAUCCGCCACUCUGUUCGGCUGAACACGCCCUCCUCACCAUCCGCCACUCUGUUCGACUGAACACGCCCUCCUCACCAUCCGCCACUCUGUUCGACUGAACACGCCCUCCUCACCAUCCGCCACUCUGUUCGACUGAACACGCCCUCCUCACCAUCCGCCACUCUGUUCGACUGAACACACCCUCCUCACCAUCCGCCACUCUGUUCGACUGAACACGCCCUCCUCACCAUCCGCCACUCCUCCAACCCGACUGGGACCUCCACACAAACACAGACAGAAACUGUGGAAACAUAGGAGUGUGGAUUUAUUAGAAAAUUAAUGUAAAAGAUGAGUGUGGUAUUGUACUGUUGUUGUUUUCCAAGAGUUAUUAAGUAUUAAACACCCAACAAAGCACUCCCAACAGCACAGAGAGGACUAUAUAGCCUUGGCUCGGGCCUUACCUGAGAUACUUAACAGCCCUAACCAUGGAGCUGUUCUCUGUGUAACCCAUCUCUGCAACCUGGACUCAGGGGUAGAGGUAACAUAUAGGAAAUGUAAAAACGCGACACUCUAAUUCGUAUGGUAUGUAUUCAUUUGUGGAUGUCCAUCAUACAUUUCGUGUGAUAUGUUACAAAUUCCAAUUUGUUGUGGCUAUCGUUAGCUAGGUGGCGAACGUUAGCUAGGCUUGGGGUUAGUGUUAGGAGUUAGGUUAAAGGGUUAAGGUCAGGGUUAGGGGAAGGGUUAGCUAAUAUGCUGAGUAGUUGCAAAGUUGCUAAAAAGGGGUAAGUAGCUGCAAACAUGCUAAUUAGCUAACAUGCUAAAGUUGUCCGUGAUGAGAUUGAAACACACAACCUUUGGGUUGCUAGACGUUCACGUCAUACGCCACCCAUCCACUCUGAACAAUCACCCUACAGUAACCGUCUGUCUUAUCUAACCAUACCAAACUUAACAUAUCAUACCAAUUUGAGCAUCUCGGAUUUACAUUUACUAUGUUACAUCUAAUCUAUGAGACCAGGCUGAUCUUUGACACAUACAGCUAGCACUAGUUAAACCUGAUAGGACCCAGUUCUCUAUCCACCUCCCUUUUCUCCUCAGGGUGAUACAAGGCCAUGAGUCAAACAAGUUCCUGUCUCUGUUUAUUUUUGACCGUGCUAAGAGAUGAAUAUCAGCAGUUUUAUCCUCUGUGGAUCAAUGCAGAGGCAUGAGCAUGUCACCACAUUGUGGACAAUAAACUGUAUGAAAAGAA